AUGUCUUCAUCCCGCACCGCUUCCGCUUCCACUCUCGAGGACCGCCAUUUGGCUAACCUCAUCACCAUUUUGCGACAAGCAAACUACCGCUACCAGCAAAUCGCGUAUAACAUGCGUCAGACCAUGACCCCAACUCAACACGCUCGUCUUCGUGCCCGUGACCUUGGUCUCAAGCUCAACAUCAAGGCGGCACUCCAAUUGGACCAGAAAUAUGUGUCUCAAGUCCCCCUCCCCGUACUCUCAUCUACUCCUUUGCCCGUCUCCAAGUUCGCUGGGCUCGAGGCGAAUGGCGAUCGACGUCUCCCUACGAUUGUCAUCCCCGCUCACAAUUCGGACAGGCGCAACGGUAGGGGAGCUGUGCUGGCUACCUCUUCGAGGUGGUCACCUUCCCCUGUCACUGGUCCCAAUCACUCGGUCAUUUUGGAAAAAAUUCGCAGCCGGAGAGAGGCUGACGUCCCCAUGGACGUUCAGGCUUCGACUGAGGAGGAGGAUGACGCUAACUCGGUCUACUCUAGCACUUCUGAUGAAUCAAUUGGCCCGGUGACGCCGGAGAACAUGAUGGUCUCUACCGUCCGCAUCAAGCGCAAGUCCUCCGAGAUUUAUGUCUCGGGCAAACGUACCAAGUUUGCGGUCCAGCCUUGA